GUCACGUCAGGGGUGAAAGGAUCCUGAGAGAGGGGGGAACCGCAGACACCAGGAGGACAACACAGGAUGAGCCCGGGGUAACGCCGGAGGAUCGGAUAAUACAAUAAGUAUCUUUUCGAAGAUGGAUAAUUACUUUCAAGCUGCAGUCAUAGAUCUGGAUAAACUGCUUGAUGAUUUUGAACAGAGUACAGAUGAACUGGAAAACUACCAGCCACGUGAGGAGCCCUUUAACCCAGACCAGCAUGACUUCUACCUGCAACCAGAUUACCCAAGUCCUGGGAAGGAGCCAUGUGAUAGUGGUCCUCCACUCUCUCUAUCUGAAUGCCCAGAGGAAAAUAUUUUGGAGUUAAAGCCAGGGGCUCCUGUCUCAUGCAGUGACAAAAGUGUAACAGGCCCAGAUCUCUUAUCCUGUGUGGAUGGAGGAACAUCCAUAGAAGAUGAGUCAAAUACUGGGAGGAGUAGUGUUCCUAUAUGUGAUCUCAUUAGUGACACGGGCAGUUUACUUCAUGCAGCAAGUAGCAGUGAGUCAUUGAUCCCAGAUUCCACCCAGUCUAGUGGAAAUCUUGUUUCUGACCUUGAGUUGCUUUCUGACCCAAGUUUUUUUGCUAUUUCACCUUCAAAUCCCUCCACUCUAUUACAAAAUGAAGAUGCAGAUGUUGGAGAUCUUGUUCCUAUUAAUUCUAACUGGCUACCACUGAGUGAAGCCAAUCUUCUUGAUAUUAGUGCCAAAGCAAGCAGCACUACUCUUCCUGUUCACUCAGGUCUAACCCCCAUCGUGGAUGAGGCGAGAGAACCCUCUGAUACUGCGUCCACUAGUGACUCCAGUAGUAGCUCAAGUUCUUCAAGCACAGAUGGAUAUGUAAGUGAUGAUCUGUCCUAUGAGGCAUUACCCGAAGAUCAAAUUAAUGUUGUGUCAAAAGAGCAUCAUGUAGAUGUGGUGUAUGCUCUGAAUACCAUGGAAUUUCCUCAAGUAGCAAGCCAGGAAGUCACAAUGACCCCAAGCCAGCAUGUUGUAAAUUCUAGCGCUUUAGAUGAUUACAACGAAUGUUCAGCCUCAGGGCCAUCUAUAGCCAAAAGCAUGAUGACCUCAGAAUGCAAUGAUGACAUGUCUGUUACGUCAGCCUUAUCUGUCUGUAGUGGAGAAAAGCCCAUGGACUCUUCUAGCUCUGUUAUAGUAGACUCUAUGAUAAAAGGCAAAAGUGAGCUGCUUGAUGAACACAAGGAUAAAGUGUUAGCAGCCCAAAAUUUGGAAGAUGAAUCCAUGAGUGUAUCAACGGCGAGCUUUGAGAUAAGUGAUGAAGAUAAGUCACAUAUGUCACCUGUAGCCAAAGGGCCUCCUGUACCCUAUGAAGAGCUUGUACCGGAGGAAGUUUUGUCGCAGCAACCUGAAUUACCUGCAGUAGAAAAAUCCAGCAUUGCACCUAAGCCGGGCCCUGAUCCAGUUCACAAGAGUGAAUUUGGAGACGCGGUAUUAUCAGAUUUUAUGAGUCACGGUUUGCUAACUGAUCCUAAUGACCUAUUGUUAGGUGACACAUAUAUAACAGAUGCUGAACUUGAUGCUUUUCUUAGUGAGGAAGGUUUACAUCUAAGUAAUGAAAGUGCUGUGGGAACUUUCCCAGCCUAUGAUUGUGCUGACGCAAUUUCAAGUGGGCCUAGAACUGAAGCUUUAAGUGAUGAAUUGCAGUCUUUGAAGAUAGACCAAAAUGAGACUGAGGACAGCACAGUCUGCAGAACUGUGGAUGUCACUAAUAAUAACGCUGCUUCAUUACACCCAGCUCUGGAGGAAGGAGCUCUUCCAGGUGCUAGCGUGCCUUCACCCAUCGGAGGUGCAAGGCCCAAGCAGUUGUUUCAUCAUCCACCAAAUUCUCUGAAUUUAAGCCGGCCAGGAAAACUCCACAACAGGGAUGUAGAAGGAAAUCUGGCUGAACGAACAGCUGAAGAAGCCAGUCCCUACGACUCGCCUUCUGAUAUUGUUUCACCAAUUCCCAGUAACAGCAUUCUGAAAAAAACAAUGAAUGUGGAGUCUGAUGAGAGCCCUGAGAUGAGUGUGGAGGUGCCCGGGAAACCUGAGGAGGGAACAGGAGAAAAUCCGGCUCCCGGCCACAGACAGCCAACCUGGAUCCCUGACUCCGAGGCUCCUAACUGUAUGAAUUGCAGCAUUAAGUUCACGUUCACAAAGAGGAGACAUCAUUGUAGAGCUUGUGGAAAGGUUUUUUGUUCUGUCUGUUGCAGUCAGAAGUGUAAAUUGCAGUACUUGGAAAAAGAAGCAAGAGUCUGUGUGAUUUGCAAUAGCGCCAUCACCAGAGUUCAGGCUAUUAAGAGGAUGAUGAGCCCAACUGCUCCUAGUCCAAACCCCAAUGUCCCCUCUGAGUAUUAUUCUACCAUUCCACCUUGGGUACAGGCCCAGGCAGCUGGUACACUUAACUCUCCUCCACCCACUGUUGUGGUGGCUGGCUCAGUACUUAAACAUCUUGGAGGUGAAGGCCUGAUGCAGAAGGAACAGAAGAGGGUGUGGUUUGCUGAUGGAUUAUUACCCAAUGGAGAAGUUGCUGAUACAAGUAAACUUGCCGCCGUUGGGAAAAGAUCUACUCCGGAUUCUGAUGCAGCUUCUCCACUCUCUCCAGAUUGUGCCUUGCAAGUUGCUGGCCUUUUCCAGGACGGUACAAAGCAAUCUGAUACACCGGAAAUAUCGGGUACCUCUGUUGAAGUGCCUGAAGAGCAGGCAUCUGCCUCUGAUGAAGCAGCUAACACCUUUAGUGUAUCCUCGCCAAAAGACUAUCGAAUGUUGUGUGGGAUCGAUAAAUGUGUUAUCAGAGAGACAAGUCUUAUUCCAGUUGAUGAUUUAGGCCUUCCGCCUCUUCUACUGGCUAGUGGAGAAAGUGGAGACGCCGUGGUGGAGAACAGUCCAACUCAUGCAGGAGUAAUGAUGCUUUUGAAUGAAGAUGGGCCCAAUCCCUUGACUUUCAUCUUGAAUGCAAACUUACUUGUGAAUGUCAAGAUAGUAACUUGUGCUUCAGAAAAGUGCUGGUUCUUUGCUACAAACGGAUUACAUGGCUUAGGUCAGCCAGAAAUUAUAUUUGUUUUAAAAUGUUUACCGGAUGAAGAUACUGUCCCAAAGGAUAUACUUAAACUUAUGGUGCUCAUUUACAAGGAUGCACAGAAAGGAAAAUAUAUAGGCAAUUUGGACAAUAUCACAUUCACAGAAAGCUUUCUGAGUAGUAAGGAUCAUGGCGGCGUCCUGUUCUUUACACCGACUUUUCAGGAGCUCAGUGGAUUGCCUGUUCCUAACAGUCCUUUCUUGUGUGGAGUUCUCAUUCAGAAAAUGGAAGUACCCUGGGCUAAGGUUUUUCCCAUUCGCCUGAUGCUGAGAUUGGGAGCUGAGUGCUCUGUAUACCCUUCUCCCAUAACAAGUCAGAGACAACGAAAAUCUGUAUAUGGAGAGAUUGGACACACGAUCAUUAAUCUAUUAACUGACCUUAGAAAUUACCAGUACACGAUCCCACAUGUAGAUGGUUUAGUAAUUCACAUGGAAAUGGGCAAAAGCUGCAUCAAGAUCCCUUCAUGGCGACACAACGAGAUACUGAAGGUAAUUCAUUCAUGCAAUGAACACGUCAUAAGCAUCGGUGCCAGCUUCAGUAUGCAGGCAGAUUCUCAUCUGGUCUGUGUACAAAACAACAAUGGAAUUUACCAGACACAAGCCAGCAGUGUCCCUGGCCAGUCACGACAAGUUACUGGAGCAAGUUUUAUUGUUUUCAAUGGUGCUCUGAAAACGUCAUCUGGCUUCCUUGCCAAGUCUAGCAUAGUAGAAGAUGGUGUGAUGGUGCAAAUAACACAGGAAAUGAUGGAAGCUUUACGGCAAGCUUUGAGAAAUAAAAAGGACUUCCGGAUAACAUGUGGGAAAAUCGACUCCGGAGAGUUGUCUGAAGAAGUCAUUAUCCAAUGGGUGGAGCCUGAAGAGAAACAAAAUAAAGGAGUCAUAAGCCCUGUUGAUGGCCAAUCCAUGGAAGGGAUUCCAAGUGAAAGGAUUUGCCAGGAAACUGAUUUUGAAGCUCAUGAUAAAACAGUAAAGUGUACAGAGGUGUUUUAUCUCCUUGGAGAGCGUGAACCAGCCAGCAGUACAGCUCAUACUCAGUUUGCUAAAGAAAUUGCCACGGCCUGUGGAGCUGCUCUGUGUCCGCAUAUGAAGACCUUGAAGAACAGAGGAAUGAACAAGAUAGGACUGCGAGUCUCUAUGGAUAUUGACAUGGUGGAGUAUCGAGCGGGGUCAGGAGGUCAGCUUCUCCCGCAAGUGUACCUAAAUGACCUAGACAGCGCUUUGAUUCCCGUCAUCCACAACAGGACAUCAGACAGCAGCAUAUUGCCUUUGGUGAUGGAACUCAUUUUUUACCUGAUAGAAAGCCUCAGUUAGCAUAAACUUCCAUGCGUGGUUUGUGUUUUAUCGCACUGAUUGCUCAAAUCAGCCUCUGAGACUUAAAAUUUCCUUCACCAGCUCCUGAGUGAAUCAGCCUCCCUAAGCAGGAGAGCAUAAUUUUGGUGUGUCAGUCGUGCAUUGCUAUACAUACAAUAGCAAAGGUGCACCUCUAAGGGCCAAUCCAUGCAAUUUGUGUUACCACGUUCACUGUCCGUGCAAGGUAAAAUGUUGUAUACAUUGGACAUCGUUCUAGCCCCAAAUAAGGCAAAGACCAAACAUUUGCGGUAUAUUAAAGAUCUGUGUUACAAAACUGAGCUCAAUACCUAAAAAGAUGCAUACAAUGAAAUCAGCUAGAGGUUAGAAUGAGAUUAUUGUGCACCUUAUUUACU